CCCUUGAGGAUCCUAUUUCAUGCAUUGCAUCAUCUUGCAAAAUCACUUCCAGUUGAACCUCUUGUUUUAGUCGUGAGUAAAAGAGACCAGAGAUGGAGCAUAAAAAAAGGCCCGGCACCACCAACUGGUUCUUCAUCUUCCUCCUCUUGUCGACCAACCUCCUCACUCUCCUCUUCUCCACCACUUUCUACUCCUCUUGCUCUCGCUCUCCUUGGAUCGCCGUCCCCGAAGCGACGGUCACCGUCUCUUAUCAACCCACGGGUCGCUCUGCUGUGACCGGCUCCCUGAACGGUGCAUCGGACGAUGAUCUCGCGCCCGAGUUCAAGGCCUUCACUUCGGGCCAGCUCCUCGCCUUCGGGGUCAACCCGAACUUCGACUCCGACACCAUGUACCCCCCGGUCGGGCGCCCGUGCACCAUGUUCCCGGACUUGCUCCGCCGCUUCAUGACCUACAAGGUGAACGGCUCCUGCCCGGACGACGAGCUCCUGGCGCAGAAGCUCCUGCUCAAGGGGUGCGAGCCUCUCCCGCGCCGCCGUUGCCGCCAUGCCUCGCCACGGGACUAUGUGGAGCCGUACCCUCUCCCGACUAGCCUCUGGACCACCCCCUCGGAUUCUUCUGUGGUCUGGACGGCCUACACUUGCAAGAACUAUGACUGCCUCAUCAACAGGAAGCACAGGCAGCAGGGCUUCGAUGACUGCAAGGACUGCUUCGACCUUGCAGGGGCUGAGAAGAACCGCUGGACCGCUGCCAAGAGCAACGGCGGCCUCGACUUCACCAUCGACGAAGUCCUGGCGACGAAGAAGCCAGGGACGAUAAGGAUCGGGCUUGACAUCGGGGGUGGGGUUGCCACUUUCGCGAUAAGGAUGAGGGACAGGAACAUAACCAUCGUCACCACUUCCAUGAACUUGAAUGGCCCUUUCAAUAACUUCAUAGCAGCGAGGGGGGUCAUGCCCCUCUACAUCAGCAUCUCUCAGAGGCUUCCUUUCUUCGACAACACGCUGGACAUCGUCCACUCGAUGCACGUGCUGAGUAACUGGAUCCCGACCACGCUUUUGCACUUCCUGAUGUUCGACAUUUACCGGGUCCUGAGACCGGGGGGUCUGUUUUGGCUUGAUCAUUUCUUCUGUGUGGGUGAACAGUUGGAGCAUGUGUACACUCCUCUCAUCGACAGCAUCGGGUUCAACAAGAUAAAGUGGGUCGUCGGUCGGAAGCUUGACCGGGGGCCAGAACUCCAGGAGAUGUACCUCUCGGCUUUGCUCGAGAAGCCAUUGAAGAAUUCCUGGUGAUCCUGUGGUUGCUUCUUCUUUCCUUUUCACUACAGGGAAGACUUUUAAUUUCACACAGCCUUUCUAAAGUUCAGUCAAAGGAAUACAAAACUUGCCACCGUCUUUUAAUCAAUAGUUGGAGAUAGAUUGUUAUUCAUUCAAGAGGUUUAUUAUUAGCACUGAAAAUCUGCCUGUUGGAUAUAUGCUCUGUUAGUAUUUUGGUCUAAGAAAACCUGUCUUUAGUAUCAAUUUCUGCUGGUGUGUCAUCAAUUAUCGCUCGACUAA